AUAGAAUUUUUAUAUGAAAUAAUUUUAGUAUUACGAGUAAUAAAACAAUAACGGCUUAACGGCAUACUCAACUAUUAGCGGCAGCAGUAAGCGCUUUCACUUUUGUUCACUUGACUGAAGUUCUAAUCCCGUUUACUCAGUGUUUCCAGUUUCGUUCAUUACUGCGGUUUUAAUUAACUUAAUUCAGUGACUAAGCAGCCAAAUUGUCGCUGGCUGCGAUUCGUGGCAGUGAGUAAAGGAAACUGUUUGAAAUCAUCUUAGCGAUUCUGUACGUGGUAUUAGCAACUGAUACUUGAAUCGGCCUGAUACGACUUGAAACGGCCUGAUACGGCGUCUCAUUGUCAGUAUCCUUUACACAGUAUUCCUUGUUUUGUUGUUGUUCUCGUAGCGUUCGUUCGUUAUCGCUGUUGAUAUUGUUUUAUCGUUUUGAAUACAAAAUUUCGCAUGAAAUGUUGCUUGAAUACAUAAUGACGCUGUUUGUGUUUGGAUUAACAACAACUGUUGAAAGGAGUCACAUCGAUGCUUUCGCAUUCGAAGGUACAACGACAGCGCCACAUCACAAACAUCCGCAGGAGCUUUCGAAUUUAAUACUCGAGAGUUACGAGAACAUAGAACCACAAUUUGAAAACACCACCGAACGUGACGUUAUUGGAGCGGUAGGCACAACGGCACGUCUGCACUGCCGUGUACGUAAUCUCGGAGAUCGUGCCGUUUCAUGGAUACGCAAACGCGAUUUACACAUACUGACCAUUGGCAUCAUGACGUACACAAAUGACCAGCGCUUUUUAGCGCGACAUUUAGAUAACUCAGACGAAUGGGUACUGAAAAUAGUGUCUGUGCAGCCUAGAGACGCAGGCAUAUACGAGUGUCAAGUGUCGACUGAGCCAAAAAUUAGUCAGGCUUACAAACUGAUGGUUGUGACCUCAAAAGCACAAAUACUUUCGAAUCGCGAACUUUUCAUUCAGAGUGGCAGUGACAUUAAUUUGACAUGUAUUGCACCGCAAGCACCGGGUCCCUAUACGCACAUGACGUGGUUUAAGGGUGGCGAAUUAAUCAACGAUUCCACACGCGGUGGUAUUAGGGUCGUAUCGGAGCAACAAAUGAAGACAAGCAAUUUGGUGAUAUCACGUGUACUGCAUACGGAUUCUGGAAAUUAUACAUGUGCGGCGGAUAAUUCAAAUUCCGAUAGCGUUUUUGUGCAUAUCAUCAAAAGUGAACAACAUGCUGCCAUGCAACACGAACUGGCAACACGAAUGCAAAUCCCCAAAAUGCUGCUUGUGUUAUUGACGUUUUUCUAUCUUUUAGAACGCGUGAUUAAAUGAAAUUUGCUUCUAACCUGUUAUAUUAAGCAACGUAAAUUAAGUAGUUCAUCUAUACAGCGUAGCUGUUAAUUGAGCCCCAGCAGAGCCUUGAGGGCUGCUUGCAGAUAAAGUCAUGCGUUUCCUGCUUGUUGCACUGUUGCACUAUUGCAGUACGAAGUUGGUAUGUUGCGGCUGCAGCGCAUGCACUACACACACACCAAUCAACACUUGAGUUGCUGCAUGGCUAUUAACACCUCAGAAAAUUAAGCGACGGCAAUCGACAUGAAGAGCACCAGCGGCAGUGGAGGGAAGAGGAAAUACGAACAGGAAAUGUAUACUUUUGUCUGCUGCUCAAUUUUGUAAAUUUGCAUGCACAAGAGACUUGACGAUAAUUUAAUUUUGAUUUAAUUUAUGUUUUGAUUUUCUAGUGUAAAUUUCUUGACUGUACAUAAUUAAUUUGUAAUUAGUUUAUAAAUAUUUUUGUACUUUAUAUUAAGGACGUAAUUAUGUAUUAGUGUUAAUGUAAUGAUAAUAAAUAAAAUAAUGAACAAAUAAGUAAAUGAAAUAAAAUAAAUGAAU